AUUUAAAAUAUGCGAAGAUGAUGAAACGUAUACGAGUAAAUUAAAAAUAUUUGAGAAACCCGCACAUUACAUCAGGUAUGAACUUUACAGAGAUCAAGUGACAGGAAUUAAGUUAACAGACGGAUCGAUUAUCCAUUACGAUUUGUUAAAAGAAGAUGAAUUAUUUCUCCAAAGUCUUAACUCGUCCAUAAAUGUCCAAUUAAGUGAUGACGAUUUCUGUAAGCUAAUUGAUAAAUUUGAAAAGCUAACAGGGUACUCAGAAAAUAAAGAAGAAAUAAAUUUAAAGGAUGCAAUAAAAGCUGCAGCUGAUUUGAAAAUAAAUCUCAAAAGUAAUGUUGUAAAGGAUAUUCAUACGUACUGGAAAAGUAAAAGAAAAAAAUUGGGAAGACCACUGCUUCGGAUGUUUUGGAAUAGCUCCCAAAAUAUUUUGCCACAUUAUUCUGUGUUUAGAUCAAGAGUGAAAGAAAAAAUGACACUGAGGAAACACAAGAAGAAGAACAGUGAAAUUAUUUUGAAGAUGCAGGAACUUAUAGAAGAUUUUAGACGAUUGGAUCGAAUAUUACGCAAAAUGAAGCAAAGGGAUGAGAAGAAAUUACUCCUACUACAAUUAAACUCCAUCCUUUUUGAUCAGAGAAAAAACGAAAUUAAGGACAAAACGUAUGUCUGCCCUAUGUGGAAUUACUUUAAAGAUUACAAAAUGGAGAAGAUAUACAAAAAGUUCAAGAAGGACAAAUAUUACAAGAGCUUGUACAGCGGCGCGAACGCGGGCAGCCACCAUCGGGGGAGCAGUCAUCAUGAGAGAGCUCACCAUGAGAGGGCAUAUCAUGAGAGGGCUCAGCAUGAAGGCAGCCAUCAUGAGAGAGGCUACCAUGAGAGCGGUUAUUAUGGAAGCGGCCACCACGGGAGCGGUUAUCAUGAGAGCGGUCAUCACGCGAAGAGUCAUCACUCGCACCACUCACACCACGCACAUCACUCUCACCACGCACAUCACUCUCACCACGCACAUCACUCACACCACUCACACCACUCGCACCACUCACACCACCCGCACAACCGAUCCUGCGCUCAAAUCCACAACGACUCCAUCGUUAGCAGAAAAAUCAACAAAAGAGCAAAGAGCCAAGGACUAUGCGAGCAAAUGAACGUGAUCAAAAUAAAUCGAAAUGAGUACAAAAAUGUGGUCCUGAUUAAGAGGCGAGGGAGAAGCAAUAGAAUAUGGGUCGACCGAAAGUUUUUAAACGAAAUGAAUAACGAUGAUAUAAAUUGCUGCGACCUAUCGUAUACCUUUAAUGACUUCGUGGAGGCUUCUCUAAAUUUAAAAAAAAAUUAUGAGGAGGAUUUGUGCAACUAUAUCACUGGAAAGCAGAAACAUAUUCCCAUCAAGUUGGGCAUCAAAAGUGGUGACAUUAAAAAUUUGGACUCCAACUUUUUUAGCAAUCAGAGAAAUGGGGAGCAGCAGCCAGGGGAUGACGCCGGGGGUGCAGCGGAGAUGGAUACCCCAGGGAUUGCCACCGGAGGGAUUGCCACGGCAGGGAUUUCCACCGCUGGGAUUCCCACCGCAGGGAUUCCCACCGCAGGGAUUGCCACCACAGACAUUGCCACCGCAGGGAUUCCCACCGCAGACAUUGCCACUGCGAUAGGCACGUCUGCAUUGGGCGAGGGAGACGACGGAGGCAUCCUCUUCGAGAAGUACGAAGAAAUGAAAAGGGAAAAAAAAAAGAGGAAAAGAAAAAAAGAGUCCAAAAAUGUCGCGCCGAGUAUAUCGUACGACCCGAUCAAUGCUUUUUCUUCCCAACCAAUGGAAGAAGAGUUAGCCGCAUCGCAAAGAUAUGCAAACGGUACCACUGGAAUAUCUGUGGAAGGAGGUAAUAACUAUCUUGAUUACCCCUCAAACUAUAACAACCAAAAGGAAGAUCGAAGAUUUCUUAAUUUCAUGUACAACAAAGGAGACGCAGAAUUAGUAGGGAGUAGCUCCCUGUGGGGAAAGUACAACACAAAUACGAAUGGAGCAUCGAAUGGGAAAACAAAACCCCAUGAUGAUGAAUCACCUUACGCACUCAUGAAUCUUUCAAACGAUAAGGUGGAGAGUGCACUGCAUGAAUCGAGACUUAUAAGCAAUGUAGAUCCCAACAGUAAAAAUGAAAGUACCAAUUCGGUUCACAGCAAUGAGCAAGCAAGUUACAACAAAGCGCUCUUUCAAUUUGACGAUUUGGUUAACCCACAGCUUAAUAGGGAUAACUAUAUUUUUUGUUUGAGCAAAUAUGCAUGUGCACAGAAACGUAUUUUAUUUUACCUUGAAAAUAUGCUUAAUUUUGAUAACUAUAAUUUUAAGAGCAAGAAAAGGGAAGCCAGCACAACUGUGGCUCAGGGCGCGCCCAGCUCUGCACCACCGGUGGAACUUCCCCAGGAGGGGGAGAACAUGGACAAGGCGCAAGAGGUGCAAAACGCUCCAGAAGCAAGAGAAGCGCGAGAAGCGCGAGAAGCGCGAGAGGGAGUCGACUUGGUGGAGCCGAGUGAUAAGCCAGAAGAGGGGGUCCACACCGGCGUGCCUGACCCAGCUGACGUACUGCACAUCGACACGCAGAACUAG